UGAUUAUAAACAAGCUUCUGUCCAAGUUUGGAACAAAUCUAGGUUGUAACUUAUGCAGAGUAUAAGUGUUGUUUAUUCAGACGGGAUGGUUUCUUCCAUGAGAUGGGGCAGUCGAUUCCAUUAUAAGGUCAAAGGUCAUGCCUAAUUUGGUCUGUCUGAUAUCAGGGAUUAGGUUCUCAGAUUACAAUUGCAGGCUGCCAGCUUCUCACUUUUGAUUUUGCUGUUGAAUACAAAGGACGUUUACUCUACAGGAAUAAGUUUUCAAUUUCAUUUUACAGUUUUACUAAUUACACUGAUUUUCUGCUGUUAAACUCGAGACUUUAUUGUGGAAGAUUGUCUGUACUGGAAAUCGGAUUUAUAUAACUUUAUUUUCAUUCUCCUGCCUUGGAGACACAAGGUAUUUUAUACACGACUUUAUUUCCUAAGUGUGAUUACGAUUAUUCAGAAGAACUGUAGACAAUUCUUUAAAACCUCAUCGUAAAUUAGUGAUCUCGGACAUAAUAUUCAUUGCAGUUUAAAUUCGUCUUUCCAAUCACUUCUUGAUAUUCAAUAUUGGACUAUUAUUUCCCGAAAUUUGAGAACUUGAAUCAGUUUUAUUUAACAGUUUCGUAAUUUUACGGCUAUAAAAACUUCAGUAAAUAACAUGGCUUCUUCAAUCAGACGUAACCGUCGUUCAAGAAACAGACAACAUCCAUAUAACAACGAAGAAAAUGCAACACAAAGCUCGCAAUGGGAUAUGGAAAAUCCAGAAAAUUGGACAGGUGCAAGAUUUCGGGACGAAUUACGGAAGUUAGGAAUUAACAUUCCAAAAAGCUGGUCUAAAAUAGUACUUAAACAACUGUAUCUAGACAACAAGGAGCGCCUAUGCACUGACGAAAUUCGAGAAGGUGCAACCGUCGCAGCGGAUGACCAUAUUAGGCAACCGAGAGAAGUACUUCAAGACCCGCCCACAAAUGAAAGAAGUUCCGCCCCAUCACCGCGCAUGGAUAGUGUAACCGGAAACGACGUACGUGCGGACUCCAAUGUAAACAAUAUGGCCGCUUUGUUUACAUCAACAAUGGUUAACACGUUUACACAGUGUAUGGCAAGCAUGCAACCAUCCGUUUCCAACAUUAGACCAACGCCGGAUUCCUUUACCAAGACCUACGAUCUAGCUAAUUGGUACGAACAAAGAAACGCUUCUGAUGUCCCGCUUAUCCCUGUUUCUGGUACAACCCAAAGAACCGCCGCACAUCUCAACUUCAGCUAUAGUCCGUCGACAAGUGCCUUACCGUUUUCUCACCAUACCAGUGCCGAAAUGGAUUCAACAAGAAAUGGAGUGCGAUCGGAUUCUUUCACCAAUGUUGAUAUUGUGUCGCCCAAUAUUCAAAGAAAUAUUAUUGAGGAUCACCCGUUUUCACAAGCUGGCCCCAAAAGCAGAACAGAGUCCAUGCAUAGUUCCAAGUGCAUCAGAAGUAAUGUGGCACUGAGUGAAACAGUUAGUAAAUUAUGGAAUUAUUCUAUUUCUGAAGGGACAAAAGUGUCAUAUGAGACCGGUUAUAAUCAUUUUUUAAAAUUUUUGCUAUUAAAUGGUAUAAGUGUCACUGACAGCAAGCCUCAUUCAGUGUCAGAAGAUCUAUUGAUAUAUUUUGCUACACAUUGCUUUCAACAUCUCAAACUACAGUACUCUACAAUUAAACUAUACAUAUGUGGAAUUAGACAUAGAUGCUUGAAGGACAAUAUAUGUUCUCCUUUCAAUGAUUCUAGUAACAAUUUAGAGAGACUGUCCUUGUUUUUUAAUUCUAUUAAAAAGAUUACAGAAACCGAUCAUUAAAGAUCGCUUACCCAUAACUUUUGAUAUCCUUCAACAUUUAUGUGUUAAGCUUAAAGAAGGAAUUUUUUCACCUUUCAUUGACCAGAUGUUAUAUACUGCUUUUACAGUAGCUUUUUAUGGUUUCUUACGCUGUGGCGAGUUUACAAUUCGCAGGUCAAAAUCAUUUGAUUGUAACAACAAUUUAUGUAUAUCUGAUGCUUUGUUUUAUUCUGACUAUGUUAUUUUACAUUUAAAGCAGUCUAAGACUGACCCUUUCAGGAUGGUUGUUGAUAUUCAACUUCACAAGCUAAAUCAUGAUUGUUGUCCAUUUAAAGCUUUACAUGAUUAUUUGAUUGUAAGGAAAACCAUGUUUAAAUUUCAAAAUAAUAGUGCUUUAUUUAUUGAUGAAUCAGGUAAAGCUCUAGAAAGAGAAUUUUUCAUCAGCAAGUUAAAGCAUCUUUUGGGUAUCUGUGGAUAUAAUCCUCAGUCCUUUAACGGACAUUCAUUUCGAAUUGGAGCUGCUACAACAGCUGGAAAAUCUAAUAUUGAGGAUCACUUAAUUAAAACAUUAGGUAGAUGGAAUUCUAAUAGUUAUUGUCGCUAUAUUAGAACUAGUAAAAAUGUAAUUAAAAAGGCACAACAAAAGUUAUCAUCAUGAUUCUUGUAUCUAUCCAUUAUGUCAUAUCCUGUGUAAAAUAAUUUUUGCUUUUAUUCUUAUUUUAUACCAUAUAGUGUACAUUUGCACAUGUACAAUACAUACCUGUAGAUAUUAAACAUUUGAGUAUUUUAAAUAUCAUGUAUUUGUUUGUUUUAUUUUAAAAACUGAUUCAUAUGAUUAAAUACAUAUUUUAUUAUUUCUAUCUUUCAUUAUCAGUGAAGUAUUGAAGGUGUCCAAGGUGUUAAACUUUAAGUCCAUCCCCUUACAACCACUUUCCUAUUCAAUUCCUUGGGGGUCACUCAGCUGUUUCACAUCUGAUCUUUGGACCAUUAAGAAAUUCACCACUGGUUAAUUUCUCUUCUUAUCCCCAAGUAAUUAACUACUUUUCAUCUCUCCACCGUCAAUUCAACCCCUUUUCGUAGCACCCUGCUACGAGAUGAAGCAUUGCUUCAUCCCCUUUUGGAACCCUCUGCGUUCCAGUUGAUUGGCGGAGUGUCCAUGUCCACGGGGCUUGGCUACCCACUAUACCAAGUGUCGUCGACAGGGCCUGGAGCAAAAUUUUCCCAGCUGAGAUACUGACUCCCAAAGGGCAAACUUAUAUUAUAUAAUAAAAGUGAAACUUUAUCAAGCCUUUGUUAUCAACAGCCUUAUCAAUUUGUCAAAGUACUUGCGUCAGGUUUAGUCAUUUGUCUGGUUCUGGUUUUAUAUGGUCAGUAAUUGUGGUUCUUCAUCUUAAAGACAAGUUGAGAGACUGUAGCGUUUGGUCCCAUGUUGUAUAUACAUGUACAUGUUUAUGUUGAGUAUAAUUUGGCACCAGCUGUUCCAGGGUUAAAGAGCAACACUUGAAGAAACUAUUAUAUAAGAGGAUCUCCAAAUUUAAGUUAGAGGUCUUGAGGUAAUCAUAAAGCACAUUAGUAUCCAGGAUCACAUACAAUGUGUUAGGGGCGUCACUUGGCAUUCGUUGUCUCCUAUGUGCUUACAUGUCAUGUAGGUCUCAAGUCAUCACUUGGCAUCCGUCUAUCAAUAUUACUUAAGCUGUCAUUUUCCUCCAGGACGAAAGUAUAAAAUAGUAUAAGAAAGUUAUUAAAAUUUGAAAAACUUUAACCACAGAGUGAAUAUUUGUGGACGCCGAGGACGGAAUGUAGGAUCCCUAUGUCUCGCUUUAGGCUCGACAAUAAACCAAUCACCAAAGUUUCAUGAUAACUGCUCAAAGCACUUUUGAGAUAUUGUCAGAAAACAGGAAAAUCACCCCUUUUUUAAUGAAUAAAAUCCCAUAACUCAGAAAUGUAAAAUCUGAAAUUUAUAAAAAUCAAAAGGGAGCUUUUGUCAAUAGAUAUAAACAAUUCACCAAAGUUUCAUUAAUAAUGCUCAAAGCAUUUUUGAAUUAUUGUCUGAAAACUGGAAUAUCCCCCUUUUUUAAUGAAUAAAACCCCAUAACUCGGAAACGUAAAAUCAAAAAUUAAUGAAAAUGGAAAGAAAGCUCACGUCAAUAGAUAUGAACAAUGCAACAAAGUUUUAUGCAAAUUGAUUAAAGCAUUUUUGAGUUAUUUUGCAACACGUACGGACGGACAGGCAGACGGACAGACAGACAGACGGACGGAAAAGGGUAUACCAUAAUUCGUUUAGUAAACUUGUGUAAAAAAACGGGCCCAAAUUCAAUAAAAUGCUUUGCUGAGCGCAGCCUGAUACGACCGCAGAGGUCGAACCCUGAACAGUUGGUACAAAUUUGGACACAAUAUUCAAGCUUGAUACUUUCUGAAUUUGGAUUGUGAUCAAAUUUUUGACAUAAUAUAGAUUUCGGACACAAUAUAAAAGUGGUCAAUGAUCUUACAAAUCUAUUGCGCAAUACUGUGCAAUUGAAGAUUUCUUCUUGAAACUUUUCAAAAAUUCAAAA